AUGCGUUACGCUUUGGCGUUGACAGCGCUAGCUGUCUGUGCCCUCGCUCAAAGCCCGGAUGAGACAGUUGUGGUCCGCCUAGAGCCCCAAUCCGUGAUUCGCGCCGUUCCCCAAGCACCCAGAGCCAUGGAGCCGGUCGCAACUCCACCUGCAGCCGUCCACCAACGCCAAAUGCCGCCACCAUCGGCACAACAGCCUCAAGCCCGCGCUCCGGUCGCCUCUCAGCAACCUCAACAAGUUGCUUCGCCCGCUCCGCAACCCGCUCAGCCUGCCGAGCAGGUGCGACAGGUUCAUAGUGCUGCCGCUGCUCCAGGAAUUCGAGCGCAAACUCCCACUUUGCCUCAGGCCGGUAUUGCUGGAGCUCAAGAGUUUACUCCAAGAGAAAGUGCUGUCCCCCCACAGGCUCCACCAGUCAACAUUCCUCCAGAUGUUCAGAACCAGCUGAUCAAAUUCUUCGGGCUUGAUUCCUUCGGAAUUCCAGGUCUGACCGGAAGCCAUCCCGAUGGAUUUGCUGGAGCUGUCCAGGAAAUGCGAGCUGCCGGAAUCCCUAUUCAAGGCCUUCCUCUUGACCAUGUUGCAGGUCAACCAGUUCCGGCCGCCAACGCUAAUGCACAGCCCGACCUUUUGGGUCAAGCCAACCCCAACUUUGCCCUGAACAACAUCAUGAAUGACGCUUCGAAUGUCCCACACACCGCUGGCUCCAUUCCUCUGCCAGAUGCCAAGCCAGGAGAGAAUGGACUCAUCGGGUUGUUGAGCUCUUCCAUCAGGAAGUUGGUCAAGGAUUGUAAGUCUAUUUGCUGAUGUUUUGACUGCUCAAACUUUGUGAAACGUUCCAAAUUCUUGCCUUUUGAACUGAUCUUCAACCUUCAUUUAACCCCUCAUUUUCAGCCGGAGUUGCCGACGCUCUAGCUCAAGGACUUCCCAACGUCUUGGGCACCAACAACCUCCCAACUGGCCAAGCCAACGGUCCCACCUCCUCCGCCGUCGCCGGAGCUUCUCGCUCCUUCAGCCAGGACGAGGCUCCCGCUCUAGCCGCUGGAAACCGUCCCUCUGAAGUUGCCGUGAAUGCCGGAGGCGUUCGUCGUCAACAAUCAACCGCCGAGCGCGCCUUGAGUGGAUUUGCUGCCGCUUUGGGAGGUGGCGGUCAGAACGGGCCAUCUCACGCCGGACUUCCUCGAAUCCCCGGUAUUCCCAUUUUGCCCGGAGGUAUUCCACGUAACGCUCAAGGACAGAUCGACGUAGUAAACCUUAUCGGAUCUAUUACUCGCCGAGUCUCAAAUGGCACCACUUUGGCCGAUGUUUUGCCACCAGAGCAGCUUCAAACUCUUGCCGACAACGUUACUGACGCUCUGUUGCCCGCUACUCCCGAAGACUUCGACUUAAACAAGUUCAUGGGCCGUUGGUUCGAAGGAAUCAACUCCCCGAGAGCUUCGGAGCAACGAUGUGUUGUACAUCAUUACGGAGGAUUGACCAAGAACGAUAAGACCGCCACGUUUACGGCGUUGAAGAUCUACAGAGAGGGAUCGGAGUUCGGGUCGGUCAGAUACUCGAUUGGAUACGCGUUCAGAGCCGGAAACAAGGAUGCCAUGUUGCAAUUGCAUAGCAGCGAGAACAGUGAUGCACAGCCUUGUAAGUGGAAAUUCUCUUAUUAUCUUUGGAGCGCUCUCUGAUCCAUCAAACGUGUAAAAAAUCACCAUUUUGUAACCCUCUCGUUCUAACUCUACCUUUUUCAGUCUGGGUCUACAAACUCGGUCCCGAAGGCACGGAUCCCUUCGGCAACAAGCAAUACGAAUAUGCCAUCGUGUCCAACUGGGUGAAAUACCCCGUGACCGUGCUCGUCCGCGACCCCGACACCUUCAAAGCCAAAUACGAGUUGGAGGUGUUGCGUUGGCUGGAGGACCAAGGCUUCAUCAACGGCUUCGUGCGCGCCUUCAACCUGCUGCAGCCCGCCUCCUACUCGUCGUGCCAGUAUGCCGACAAUACGUUCGAGUUGUUCGGGAAGAAAUAA